GGGCGCAACAGGACAUGCGUCCGCUGAAGCAGGAUGGCCGCUCUCAGGUUUCUCUCUGACGCAGACAGCUGUCUAAAUCUGAAAAAAUCGAUCCCACUUCUAAAUGAGCUAUUCCACAUACAUUGUAAAAUUGGAGAAGGUACAUUUAGCUCUGUCUUUUUGGCUACUAUGAAGUCUUCUAAUAGGCAUAAAAAGUUUGCAUUAAAAUACUUAAUUCCUACUUGUCAUCCUGAAAGAAUUGAACGUGAAUUACAAUGCUUGCAACAAAUGGGAGGUAAAGAUCAUAUUGUUAGCAUAGACUUAUGUUUAAGACAUCAGGGUUCUGUAGUGUUUGUAAUGCCAUAUAUGAAGCAUGAUAAAUUUUCAGAAUAUGUCAGGGAUAUGACUGUAGAAGAAACAAAGGAUUAUAUGAGAGCUUUAUUAAGUGCUGUGCGAAGAGUUCAUCAGUUUAACAUCAUACAUAGAGAUGUGAAACCCAGUAAUUUCCUCUACAAUCGUGCUAAUAGAAAAUAUUUAUUGGUAGACUUUGGGCUUGCUCAGCAGUGCACUGAAUACAAUGCAAAGAAUUUGGAAGCAAUAAAAACCAAUGCAGGAACAACUGAAAUACAAAGCAUGAAGCGAAAGAGAUCUGACGAAUUUAAUUCAAAUGCAAAGAAGGAUGCAGAUAUUAAAUGUAACUGUUUUGGGAAACCUAAAGUAUGCGCAUUAUGUUUAACAAGACCACAGCAAACGGCGCCUCGUGCAGGCACACCUGGAUUUCGUGCUCCAGAAGUUUUAUUGAAACAUCCAUCACAAACUCCAGCAAUUGAUAUUUGGGCUUGUGGCGUGAUGAUGUUAUGCAUACUUAGUGGUACACAAGUGUUUUUUCGUUCGCCUGAUGACUGCACAGCUUUAGCGGAAAUAACAACGAUAUUUGGUUCUCGCAAAGUACAACAAUGUGCAGAAAAAUUAGGUAAAAAAAUUAUUUUUAGUGAAAAUUUACCAGGCAUUGAUAUUAUGUCUUUGUGCCUAAAAUUACGAAAAAGAAACAGAAGCAUGAUGCAUAAUAGAGAGAAUAGUACAUGCAAGGUAUUGCCAGAUAUCGAGUAUCCGAAGGAAGCAUACCAACUUUUGAUAAAACUUUUAAAUCUAGAUUAUGAAACACGUAUCACUGCUGAACAGGCGUUAUCUCAUCCAUUCCUGAAUUUGUGAUAUAUUGAUUUUUUUUAUAAAGCAUGUGUCUAAAGGUAUUUAAAAUUAAAGAAAGGAGAGGUAGUCUUCUAUGCAUUGGAUAUAUGUAAA